AUGCUGGAAGCUGCAGUAGAGAGUAAUAUACACAAUGGAGGAUUUUCUUCACACUCUUCACAGUUUCAGAGCUGUGGUGAGAGCAGUGAGGAGGAGCUCUCUGUGCUGCCACGUCAUACUAAGGUGGUGGUGACUGGAAAUAACCGCACCAAGUCUGUACUGGUGGGGCUUCAAGGUGUGGUAAAGAAAGCUGUUGGGCUUGGUGGAUGGCAUUGGCUGGUUCUUACCAAUGGCAUUGAGGUAAAACUUCAAAGGAAUGCUUUAAGUGUACUUGAAGCUCCUACUGGAAACGAGGAUGAUGAUGACAUUGAAUUUGAAAAUGUGCAGUGGAAUGGAUCCGAUAUGGCAUCCGAUGAAACUCAAAAGUCUCAUAGGUCAAGGCAUCGAAUGCACAGGCCGACUGGGUCAUCUCACAGGACUCUUAGCCAGUCUCUCUCAUGUGACUCACACUCUAAAGGAUCUAUUUCUACUCCAAGGGGGUCCAUGAAAAUUGACCUUAGCAAACUUGAGAUGGCUGCAUUAUGGAGAUAUUUGCGGCACUUUAACCUUGUGGAUGCCAUUCCUAACCCGUCCAAGGAGCAACUCAUAGAUGUUGUUCAGAGGCAUUUCCUAUCUCAGCAAUUGGACGAGUUGCAAGUCAUUUCCGGGUUCGUGCAGUCUGCGAAGAGACUGAAAACUGUUUGCAAAUGA